AUGCAUAUCAAAAUCUCUACUUGGCUUCUCUUCUUCUUCUUUUUCUUUUCUCUUUCUUUUGCCGCUUCCUCUAUCUUCGGCCCAAAUACCGUAGAAUUGGGCACCAAAACACUUUCCAAAUUUGUUCACCAACGUGGUCCAACAUUUGUUGUUUUCUACGCUCCUUGGUGUGGAUACUGUAAAAAACUAGGUCCUGUUUUUUCCAAGCUCUCCAACAAAUUGUAUAAUCUUGUUCCUUUUGCUGCCGUAAACUGUGAUCUUGAAAGCAAUAGGCAAAUUUGCGCACGAUAUGAGGUCCAAGGAUUUCCGUCCAUCAAAUUUCUUUUCCCUUCUCCACUACAACCUUCUACAGUCUUCAGCGCAAACUACGAAGGAGACCGUAGUUAUGCCAACAUGUACAAAUUCGUUUCUCAAAACUACCCUGUUACCAUUACCCCAAUCAGAAAUGAUCCACAAAUGAGAAAGUAUCUGAAUUCACGAAACAAUGUUACAAAGGUGAUCUUACUUACGGAGAAGUCAAAAGCUACAAUUACAUACAAAACCUUGGCAAAUCACUUUUCCAAACUUCCGUUUAGUAUUUGUUCACCGGACAAAGUUUCAUUAGAUUCUAUUGGUAUUGAUCCAAAGGAAAUCUCCGAGUUUCCUACCCUUUUAUUGCAACAUCCUGGUCAGAAAUAUCCAAUAAUUUAUCGUGGUUCGAUGGAACGUGAUGCUAUUAAAGUAUUUGUUGAGCAGCAGUUAAAGGAAUUUAGUUUCAGUGAAUACCUUGAAUCUUUCUGCACUCGUCAAAACUGUCUCUUACAUUUUUAUGAAAAUGAACACGAAAAAGAGGCCUUCCCUGUUGAUGAUAUAACCAAAAAGUAUCCCAAGUUACGUUUGGUGUCGCUUCCUGCAUCCUCAGUAUCAUCCGAAUUGUUCCGCAAAUCUCUAGAUCUUGGAUAUAGUGACGCUGUUCUGAUUAAUCUUUUAAAGUCGCAUUACCUUGCAAAACCCUUUGGCACUCAUGUGUUAUUAUGGCUCGAUGAUAUUAAAGUUGGACAAGCAGGUAGUUUGACCUCCUUACCAAAUAAUUUCAUUCAAAGUAUCUCUUGA